UUGAUUUUUCCCUCCUUACCCAUUCGUCUUCUUUACAUUUUCCUUCUUUUCCACCAUUUUCUUCUGCAGCUCCUAAUGCUUUUCUUCCUUCAUAUCUUAACCUGAAAGAUUGAGAAAAAUGUAUGUGAAGUUUCAGUAUGUUGACACCAGUAAUUGUUUCCAUAUACUAAACUCAACUAAACCCACUCCCAGUGUAGGAAUCUCAAUCCCACCCACCAAGAAAUACAAGGACCAGAACAAAUUGAAUGACCCAAAUGGAAGAAUUGAGAAAAGCAAGAAUCUUGGGGUCAAAUGCAGGCCGGGUGUUGGGUAUGGUAAUGAUGUAAAAGAGAAGUUGGAUUAUCAAAUUGGGAAAAACUCGCAUACCCGUGUUUGGAAAAAUGGUGUUUUGAAGACCCAAAAUGGAUUCUUGAGAAAACCAGUUGAUGAAAUUGAGAGUGAGGAGAAAAUUGAUGGUCAGUCGAGCUGGAGUAAUGGGGUGCAGACCAAGUGUUCGACAAAAUGGCGCAAUGACGUGAAGGAGACCCAAAAUGGUUUCUUGAGAAAACCAGUUGAUAGAACUGAGAGUGAGGAAAAAAUUGAUGGAAAAUUGAGCUCGGUAAAUGUGGUGCAGACCAACUGUUCGACAAAAUGGUGCAAUGACGUGAAGGAGACCCAAAAUGGUGUUUUUAGGAAACCAGUUGAUAGAACUGAGAAUAAGAAAAAAGUUGGUGGUCAAUUGAGCUCGGGGAAUGCGAUGGAGAAAGUACAGACUAAGGGUUCGAAAAAAUGGGGCAGAUAUGGAGGAUGUAUUCCUGUAAUGCUGGAAGCUUUGGAGACAGUUAGUAAUUUGGAUGAGGCAUUAAAGCCAUGGGAAAAGAGUUUGACUAAAAAAGAAAGGACUAUUAUAUUGAAGGAGCAGGUGGAGUGGCAACGAGCAAUGGAGAUUUUUGAGUGGUUUAAGAGAAGAGGAUGCCAUGAAUUGAAUGUUAUACAUUAUAAUAUUGUACUUAGGAUUCUUGGGAAAUCACAGAGGUGGGAUGAGAUUGAGAGACUGUGGGGCGAAAUGAGGGAAAGGAGAAUCGAGCCUAUAAAUUCAACUUAUGGGACUCUGAUUGAUGUCUACAGCAAGGGUGGGCGUAGGGAGCAGGCAAUGGAAUGGUUGAAGUUGAUGAAUGAACGAGGUAUGGUACCAGAUGAGGUGACAAUGGGAAUUGUUGUUCAGAUGUAUAAAAUGGCGGGGGAGUUUAAGAAAGCGGAAGAGUUUUUGAAAAAGUGGUCUUUAUGCAAAUGUCAAGUGGAGGAACGUGUAAAUGGUGGACCAAGAAGUGGUAUUAGGGUCAAUGGUUCUUCGGGCUCAAGUGUUUGUUUGAGCUCACACACCUAUAACAAUUUAAUUGACACUUAUGGGAAGGCAGGACAAGUGAAAGAAGCAUACGAGACUUUUCACCAAAUGCUGAGGGAAGGGAUCCUGCCGACAACAGUUACUUUCAAUACAAUGAUUCACAUGUGUGGUAAUAAUGGCCGAAUGGAAGAAGUUGCUUCCUUGAUGAGAAAGAUGGAGGGGCUUCAGUGUCAUCCUGAUACAAGAACAUACAAUAUUCUUAUUUCCCUUCACGCCAAGCAUGACAACAUAGAAAUGGCUGCCACCUACUUUAAAAUUAUGAAAGAUGCUUCUCUAGAGCCAGAUGCAGUGACCUAUCGCACUCUUUUGUAUGCAUUUUCUAUAAGGAAUAUGGUUAGUGAAGCAGAGAAGCUCAUUUUGGAGAUGGAUAAGAAAGAUCUACAGAUUGACGAAUUCACUCAGUCAGCUUUGACUAGGAUGUAUCUAGAAGCUGGGAUGGUAGAAAUGUCAUGGUCCUGGUUCCAGAGGUUUCAUCUUGCAGGAAAAAUGUCUUCUGAAUGUUAUUCUGCCAACAUUGAUGCCUACGGUGAACGUGGCCAUAUUUCGGAAGCUGAGAGAGCUUUUAAUUGUUGUAGUGAGGGAAAAAGGCUUACUGUUCUUGAGUUCAAUGUAAUGAUCAAGGCGUAUGGAAUUAGCAAGAAAUACAACAAGGCGUGCUACUUGUUCGAUAGCAUGGAGAAGCAUGGCAUAUCUCCUGAUAAAUGCAGUUAUAGUUCACUCAUCCAAAUGCUAGCUGGUGCAGAUCUGCCUCUGAAAGCAGCAUCUUAUGUGAGGGAAAUGAAGGAGGCGGGAUUAGUUGAUGAUUGUAUCCCUUAUUGUGCUGUGAUAUCUAGUUUUGUUAAAGUAGGUCAGCUGGAAAUGGCAGUAAGCUUAUUCGAUGAAAUGAUUGUGUUUGGCAUCAAGCCUGAUGUCGUUGUUUAUGGUGUACUGAUAAAUGCCUUUGCUGACAUGGGAAGUGUUAAAGACGCUACAAAAUACUUGGUUGAAAUGAGAAACUCUGGUUUAGAGGCAAAUGCAGUUAUAUACACUUCCUUAAUUAAGCUAUACACCAAGGUUGGGUAUUUGAGAGAAGCACAAGAAACGUAUAAAAUGCUUCAGUCAUUUGAGGAAGGGCUUGAUGUAUAUUCUUCAAAUUGCAUGAUUGACUUGUACAGUGAGCGCUCUAUGGUUAAACAAGCAGAAGAGAUUUUUGAGCACCUGAAGAAAAAGGGAAAUGCAAAUGAAUUUUCUUAUGCAAUGAUGCUGUGCAUGUACAGGAGAAAUGGAAUGUUUAAGGAAGCCAUUCAAAAUGCCCGGAAAAUGAAAGAACUAGGACUUCUGACUGACUUGUUGAGUUACAACAAUGUGCUUGGAUUGUGUGCAACUGAUGGGAGGUAUAAAGAAGCUUUGGCGACUUACAAGGAAAUGCUUUCUUCUGCCAUCCAACCUGAUGAUUCAACAUUCAAAUCACUUGGAAUUGUUCUUCUUAAAUGUGGUGUUCCAAAAGAGGCUAUUAGUAAGCUGGAAUCUAUGAGGAAAAAGGAUCCUCAGAGUGGCGUGCAAGAGUGGACUUCAGCCCUAUCUUCCGUUAUCGGUGUGCUUAAUACUGACUCUCCUGAUAGUAAAGAUGCCUAGCUCUUUUAAA